AUGACGGCCCCAAUGCAAAUGCAGCACCUCGCCGCCGCAGCCCUGCCCGCCUACACCUGUCCCCCGGGGACGAAGAUGCACAUCCUCAAUCUGGGGACGAUGAACGUCGACGAAGGAUGGCUCCUCACCGGCGCCAACGGCAGCUCCGCCAGCAACCCCAACCCGCCCAACAAACGCCGCGACCUAAUGCUGAUCGCCGGAUUGAUCGAGCACCCCGAGAUGGGCCUGAUCUUGUUUGAAACCGGGAGCGCGGAGGAUGUUGAUCGGCAAUGGGGCCCCCAAGCCACCGACCUCUUCCCGCGCACGCACUACGAACCGCAGCACCACCUCCCCGCCGCCAUCCGCGCCACCGGCCACGAGAUCCGCGACGUGAAGGCCGUGAUCAUGGGCCACCUGCACCUGGACCACGCUGGCGGGCUGGAGCACUUCCGCAACACGGGGGUGCCCAUUUACGUCCACGAGGAGGAGUUCAAGCACGCCUGCUGGGCGGCCGCGACGGGCGCGGAUGGCGGCGUGUAUCUAGCAGAUUACCUCUCGCUGGACACGCUCAACUGGCAGACCUUCUCGGAACCCCAGCUCGACCUCUGCACGGGCAUCACCCUCUACCACUGUCCCGGACAUACGCCGGGGCUGUGCAUCAUGCAGGUGAACCUGGCUCAAGACGGCACCUUCAUCUGGACGACGGACCAGUUCCACGUGCGGGAGAACUUCGAGCGGAAUCAGGCGCAGGGCUGGCUGCUGCGCGAUCAUCGGGCGUGGGUGGCCAGCGGGAAGUUCGUGGCGCGGUUGCAGCGGUUGUUUCAGGCGAGGCUGAUCUUUGGGCAUGAUUAUGAGACGGCCGAUGAAUUGAUGAGGGGGAAGGGGGUUUAUGAGUAG